AUGCUAAAAUACCCCACUUUCGCAUUUUUCUUCUUCUUUAUUUGUCUUGAACCUACUGCUUCAGCUUCUUUUGCCGAAGCUAAUGCGCUUCUGAGAUGGAAAGCUAGUAUUAUAAAUCAAAACAACUCGAUACUAAAAUCAUGGAAUCUUGAAACCAAGAAUUACACCAAUUUUUCUGGCCAUCCAAAAGCAAGUUCAAGUCCUUGCAAUUGGUUUGGAGUUUCUUGCAUUGACGGAAGUGUCAAUAGGUUGAACCUCACAAAUGCAAGCAUUCAUGCCUUCCUCUACGAUUUUCCAUUCUCAUCUUUCCCAAAUCUUGCUCAUAUAGAUCUCUCCGUCAACCGUCUCUUUGGCACCAUUCCACCUCAAAUUGGUAAACUCUCUAAACUUGUCUAUCUCGAUUUAUCAACCAAUCAGUUCAGGGGAACUGUCUCACCUCAAAUAGCUCUCUUGCAGGCACAUAUGGUUAUUUCGCUCCUGAACUUGCGUACACAAUGA